AUGCCCCAGGGCACAGGCAUGGUAUGCUAUGCGGACGAUACCUUGGUCCUGGCCGGGAGACGUUGGUGGAACGAGACCGUGAAUCUUACGGAGGACGCCGUGGCAUGCGCGAUACACGCCAUCCAUAGGCUCGGCCUGAGCGUGUCGCCGGCCAAAUCAGAGGCCCUAUGGUUCUUCGAAAACCGCCGCAGAGGAACUCCUCCGCCUGAACUAUCCGUGACCAUCAACGGAGAAGAGGUCCCGGUGAGACGCCAGAUGAGUCUCACCAUCGACAGCCAAUGGACGUUCGGACCGCACUUCAAGCUCUUGAUCCCAAGGGUGAUAGCCGCAGCCAACGCUUUAUGUGGCCUACUACCGAACAUCGGCGGAGCAGGAUUGGGAGUUCGCCGGACUCUACGUGAGAAUGGUCCGGUCCCGAGUCCUUUACGGGGCUCCCGCAUGGGCCGAAGACCUGAUGGCGAGUCGCCGCAGCCUAAUCUUGCUGAGGAGGUUGCAGAGGACGACCGCCAUCCGCAUAGCGAGGGGAUAUAG